GAUAAAUAUGGCGAUAGUUUGGUUAAGCGGAAAAUAACUUAACUGGAAUAUGGUAUAAUAUGUGUCAUUUUCAUUGUGUAAUCUACGCUUAGGUACGUUCUCGGAGGAAGUAAACUUUAUGUUGUCAUCCAACGCCUUCCAAACUGGACCAGAUGACUGUUAAUGUCAGUGAAUCCGAAGAGAUUAUCCUUACCGCGGGUAAGCGGGAUGGAAAGGCAGUGGUGCGGCUAGACCGGCGCCACGCCCCGGAAGUUCAGGGCGCAAAGAUACACCACGUGACCCACGGGCCUUACAAGGGACUACUUAUUAACAAAAAAGCACACAAUUUAGAAAACGGAGACCCCUCCGAAGCUCGGCUCGAAUUCUUAGCAUACUUGAUCAACAAGGAUCAGAACAACGCCCCCGUGCAGGACGCAUGGAAUCUUCGGUUCUGGUUUCGGGGAAAGCCGGAUGGGCUUGCAAAGAAACGCGCUUUUACACAGUAUUUCCAGGACCUUAUGCGUCCCGACAACUUCCCAAAGAACUACAUGUGUUUCAUGAAGAAGGCGAUGGUGCUUAUGAAGAGUUACCUUCUUCUGAAGCGGGUGGAGCUGGAGGUGGAUCAGGUCAACAAGGUGGCCACGCCCGAGGAGUCACCGAAAAUCAAGAGUUUCGUUAGCCUGUUCACCCCGGACAUCUACCAGUACAACUUUGUUCCCGAGAUCUCGAUGAGCAAUAAGACGUUUUUAACGUUCAUGGUGAAGGCGAAAUGUGACGUCCACGUAGCGUUAUCGGCGACGUACGGCGAGCUGCACAAACGAACAAUCGAGGUGCUGAUUGGCGGGGAGGGGAACACCAAGUCUAUGAUUAAAGACGGGGUCGAGGGAAGCAUCCGCGCGGAGGCACUCACUGCUAAUGUGCUCAGUGGAACGGACCUUCGAUAUUUCUGGAUGAGCUGGGGUAACCACUGUAUCGAGGUGGGGCGGGGUGCUCACUACGGAGAGGGACGGUUCUUGGUCUGGGACCUGCCCGACAACAAAAAGUUUGACAUCACUUCUCUCGCCGUUGCCACUGACAACACGUCGCACGGGCAGUUUGAGUUUGCGGAACUAUUGGUGGACACGGACUACAGCGGAGAGGCACGCCGGGAGCGCGUAAGGCGGCAGAUCAUGUGUGCUGCUCGGAAGCAGCGUAUUCUCCACUUCCUGGAGGACGUGUAUCCUAACACGCUUUCCGUGCAAGAAAUAAUACAACUGACAUGCAAUCGCGGUACCGGGGAUCCAGGGACGCUGGUGCAGCUGAUGAAGGAAUUGGAGCGGACCCGGCACGUGCGGGAGGUGGAGGUCGGCCGCUGGAUGCGGCUCCAACACGAGGCUCAGAACGGAACUACACAUGAAAUGAAGAUGGUACGAGAGAUGCCCCAGCUGACGAGUCGGGAGCAGCCCACGGUUGCCCUGGUUACGUCGCUGUACUGUGAGAAGCUUGCUAUGGACGCCAUGAUAGAGGAUAAGGUCACAUUCGUCAAAUACAAGACCGAAGUCCGCCGUAGCUUUCUGGCUGGCGAGUCGCAGGUAUACACAGUGGGAACUAUAGGGAGGUUUAAGGUGGUCAGCACGAAGUUGGCCCGCUACCCGACCUCCAACCAGGCGGCCAGGAUCUCUGCGGAAAACGCCAUCACUAGGCUUCUUGGCAUUUUUAGCAAGAUUGAGCACGUGUUUCUCGUAGGUGUCGCAGGGGGCGUACCCAACCUCGAGGAACCUUCUCAGCAUGUGCGUCCCGGUGACGUAGUCGUCUCGAUGACGUCAGAAAGGAAUGAUCCAAUGUACAUGCACUGUGCCUCGAUUCAUAAGGAAAGUCGUGGACGGCUGUAUUCUUAUAAAACUCGAGCGUUCAGCUGCCAAAACAAGAUUCUUCAAAAUGUAGCACUUAGUCUGGAUUCAAUUGUACGCUCUGAAUGGAUGAAACCAAGGCCAUGGGAGUUAUACAUCGACGAAGCUCUGGAGCAAUUAAACGGGCAGGAAAUUCACUUCAAGCGACCUUCAAGUGACAAGGAAUUGCGUAAACUACGGCUUGGUGGUAACGUUAUAUCUUUCGAGCACCCUAUGGCCACGUCUAAACACGACAUGAGGGUCAACGCCCCAAACGUGCGUCACGGGGUCAUCGGUAGUGGGAAAUUGAUAAGUAGGGCACAUGAGCUCCGUGCAGAUUUUGCCAAACGAUUCGGUGUCAGAGCGUUUGACCUUGACUUUGAAGCAGUGCUGGAAUCCCUGGAAGGCAACAGGAAUGAAAGUUUUCUGGUGGUCAGGGGGGUAUGUGACUAUGUGGAUGGGAAGAGAAAAGACUGGCAGUCCUACGCAGCCCUCGCGGCCGCAGCAUACACCAAGGCCUUACUCAUGGCUCUAUGAAUAAUGAGCAUCUUGGUAUAUUUAAGGAAUGAAUUGCGGGGU